UGCAAAUCCAAUCAAUUAAUUUUAACAAAGUUCCCUGAUUCUUACACACAAGGUCUCUCUUUCUUUAGUUCCUGAACAUUGUAGGAAGACACGGGAUGGCUUCAAGAGGUCUUGAUAUGGGAAUGGGGCUAGUCUUAGUCCUGAUGGCAAUACUAUGGGCUGAAGCCAACGCCCAAAGCUGCACCUCUGCACUCACCAGCCUAGCCCCAUGCCUCAACUACAUUACCGGAAAUUCGUCUACCCCGUCGUCUACGUGCUGCUCUCAGCUGAAAACGGUGGUUCAAUCAUCACCUCAAUGCCUUUGCUCCGCACUUAAUAACGGCGCUUCAUUGGGAAUUAGCAUAAACCGGACUCUGGCCCUGCAACUCCCUGAUUCUUGUCAGGUGCAAACUCCACCAAUUAGCCAGUGUAACGGUGGUGGAACUCCAUCGGCAGCGUCUCCAGCCGGUUCACCAUCAGAUUCUUCUGAUGAGACACCUGAGGGUGCCAUGACUCCAUCAGCAUCGGACAUUCCUUCAGGAACAGGAUCAAAAUCUGUCCCAUCGGUGGAUGGAGGAUCCUCCAAUGCAAGCAUAGCGAAAGGCUCCCUUGAUCUGGUUCUUUUCAUUGUAUCGGUCACAAUCAUCAACAAAUUCUUUGUUACAUGUUUUCUUAAUAUUCGAUGAGAAGAGUGUUGUUGUAUUAUU